AUGUUCUUCCUAAAAAUUGGCGUUUUCUUAUACUUAAAAUUGUCUCUUUACGAGUUUGUUUUUUCACACGAAAGCCGAAAUCACGUGCAUUACUCGUUCAAAGAAUUGCAGGACGCUGUUAAUGGCGAUUCCUUGAAGUCAGAUGAUCUACAGAGGCUAUUUGACAAGCUGCAUUUCUUGAACUGCUCUGCAAACAAACCGAGUCCGGAUUACCGAAGGGUAAGAUGAGUGUUGUUGGCACAAAUAGGACCAAAUAGCCCAAAAAGAUGAAAAUUUUACACUAAAACUUAAAAGUCUUAAACUUAACUUAGUACGGUAAAAGUUUCCAGCGAAAAAAUAUAUAUCUCUGUAAACUAAUUACGACGAUUUUUAAUAAGAAAGAAAAAAAUGAAAAAGUAAAACUAAGCUCAAAUUACGAGGAGAUAACUGGAUUUUUUUACCCCGUAAGACCGAUCGAUCUUCGAAGCUGCCCUUUCUCAAUGUCUUCGACCACGCGGUUUUUCAUUAUGUGCAUUCACUUUCACGCUUUGUUCUUUUAGUGUUUCAGCCCUAUAGAAUUGCGCGAUAUUCAUGGAUCCUCGCCGUCAAAAGCCUUAAGUUCCUCGGAGUUUGUAGAGGUCAGCCCUUCGAUUGUGUACUGCCUUUUGCCAGGGCGUGAAAAGAAUUCUGGUCAACAACCUUGCGAUUCUCCCAGGAACCACAGCGAACUUUUCGACUCGUUUACGAGGAAUUUCAGUCAUGGCGAAUGCGGGAUCACUCACGAAGCUCUCGAUGAAAUUCUCGAGGAAAUAAACAAGACGAUCGGGAACUUUUUAACUGAAAAGAAGGUAGGUGAAAUAUAA